UCCUUUAUUUUUACCUCUAGUUCCGAUUGGUACGUUUAUUGGAUAAUGAUUUACGAUUUAAACCAAGUCUGUCUGAUUAUAGAUGGGAAUAGGUUCAUAAGUACACACUCAGCUUGUGCGAACACGCUGAUACCAUUUCCGUUGGCGCUAUCACACCGUAAACUCACUUACAUCCUGAAUGAUCUGCAUCUUUUCGGCUAGUUAGCGUAUAUCAAUAUAAACGAGAGAUUUUAAUUCGAUUGAGCCAUUCGCAUAAGAGGCGAGCACUCGACAACGGUUAAUCAUUGAGAGGCUACUAAAGCCAUUAAUCGGAAAAAACGAUGUCGUCAUCAUUCCGUUGGCUAGCCGUACUCCUCAUUACAGUACUCUUCAAGCUGGGUGCCAGUGUAAGUACCCAUCCGUUUGCACAUAAGAUUCCAUUCAUGUUUUGUUCAUCAUUCAAGAAAUCGACCAUGGAGCAAAUGGCAAAGACCAGCGCUAUGAUGCGUUCCGUUUGCAUAGGCAAGCAUAAGGCCAGCGUGGAUCUGGUGGAUGGGUUGGGCGGUGGGCAAUUCGUCGACGUGAAAGAGCUCAAGUGCUAUGCGAACUGCGUUCUGGAAAUGAUGCAAGCGAUGAAGAAAGGAAAGGUAAAUGCCGACAGUGCAAUUAAGCAGAUUGAACUGCUCAUGCCAACAGAGAUUGCCGAACCAACGGUAACAGCAUUUGAUCUUUGCCGUGAUUCAGCAAACGGCAUCAAGAAUCACUGCGAUGCUGCCUACGCCUUGCUGCGGUGUCUGCAUAAAAAUAAUCCCAAGUAUUUCUUUGCCUGAUGAUCUGCGGUCAUAAUUAGCUACAAGAAACGACGAAUAUGAAAAGAGCAAAACUAAAAAAAAAAUAUCAUCA